AUGGCUAGCACCGUGGCGACGAUUAUAAAGGAUGUAUUAUGUGUUACAAGUGACCCCACGGAUAUGUCGGCCCGACCCGGUAAAUACACUUUGAUUAAUCAGGAUGAGGUUCAAGGUUCGUCAGAGCUGUCAUUGGAUUCUGUUGAUGCAAUAAUUGUAUCACAAUUGACCGAAGACGGAAAUUUGAAACUUCAACCUAUGGCUUAUUUACACGGAUCGUUUCAACGUUGCCAGCAGCUGAAACGCAUGAACAAGGGCAACACAGAUCAUACGGUACAUCUAGCACUUCAGGAACUUGAGCGGUUAAUUCUUGGGUAUGCGGUUGUUUGUUUUCAAAUUGAAGAGUUUGCGAUUGGUGGUGAUUUCCUGAUUUAUGUCAAGGAUAUUGUUCAAAAGCUAGACCAGUAUUCGGACUUUCUCUCUGCGUUGAUUCAAAGGGCGAUUAGAGAGGACACUAUUUUUGAGGUAUGCAAUAGUUUCUUUGGCUCUUUAUUAACGUUUAUCAAGGAGAUGAAUGACUCGAAAACGAAUAAAUUUGAUUUGAACGAUACGACGUACAAUCAGGUGUUAACAUUGUAUGAGUUGUUUGUGUCCUUUAAGCCUGUGGCAGCAAUCUUUACGCAACUAGAUGGCUUUUAUGCCCCUUAUGAUACCAAGCCAAAUCAAUUAGAACGCAUAACUUUGUUGGGGCCUAUUCUAACAUUGUCGCCAAUGAACCCUAAUGUUGCAACCAGAAACUAUGGGGAUAAUAUGGAACGCACCCAGCAACAAACCAAUAUGCUUCAUGAGUCUUUACAAGCAGAACACAAAGUCGUGCUUGAACGGUUGUUUUUCAUCGUGGACAAGAUCAUCAGAGGAUCGUCAGAAUCACGUACCGGGUUAUUGUCCUAUUUCGCCCAAAUUGUGAACAAAAAUCAUUUGCGUAGGGGCGACCACGCUCAACAUAAUAAAUUAUCUUCAAAUGCUUUCAUGACAAACAUUACAUUAAUAUUGGUUAAAUUUUCACGUCCGUUCCUCGAUAGCACACAUAAAAAAAUUGACAAGAUAGAUGUUAACUAUUUCAAUAACCUGAAUUUAUUUAUUGAUUUAUCCCAAGAGACUCGUAUGAAUUCGGACUUCAAAGAGGCAGAUGAAUUUCAUGAUAAAAAUAGAAAGUCUGAGGACAAUAGACCAAAUUUUAUUAGUGAUUGUUUCUUCUUGACGUUGACGUAUUUGCAUUACGGGCUUGGAGGCACAUUGCUAUAUGAUGAAAAGGUUACUCCACAAUUAAAAAGAAUGAAGCAAGAACUACAAAGAAUAAAAGAUGCUGCAAACAGCACAGCUGCAACCGAUAUAUUUGCAAGGUUUGCAGCAAUGCAAUUACCCAGUUUGGAAAAGACGUACAUCACAUUGCAAUCAAUAAUGGAUGCUUUACAGGGAUUCUUUUCCAAUAAAUCCCUACAAUCAGAGGUUUUUGAGUUUAUCUGCGGUGUCUCAACAUUUUUAAACCGUGUCAUAGAUCCAGCUCAUGACUAUCCGUUCAAGCAACUCAAGUUGCCCUUGAUUCCAGACCAGGUGGGGGUCGAAAAUGUUGACAACGCAGAAUAUUUAAGAGCCCAUGCACAAGUACCAUUCAAGUAUUACCCAGAAUUUGUUGUUGAAGGUGCUAUAAACUAUUGUCUCUACAUUUCAAAAUAUGUUAGCAAUCCAAUGUUUAGACAUCCAAGAUUGCAUUCUUUUGUUGAGUUAGCAACUGUGAUCUUGCGUUGCCCAGAGCUAGUUUCCAACCCCCAUUUGAAAGGUAAAUUGGUGCAAGUGCUUAGUAUAGGAGCUACUCCCUUGGGUGAUAAUUCCCCUGGCUUUAUGAUGGACAUUUUUGAAAACAAUGAUUUGGUCAAUAAAAACAUAUUCUAUGCCUUACUAGACUUUUACGUUAUUGUGGAAAAGACAGGUUCUUCUUCGCAGUUCUAUGAUAAAUUCAAUGCUCGCUAUAGUAUUUCCAUUGUUUUGGAAGAACUGUACAAGAUACCUGCAUAUCGUAAUCAAUUGUUGGUGCAAUCUCAAAAGAAUCCAGAUUUUUUUGUAAGGUUUAUUGCACGUAUGUUGAAUGAUCUAACCUUUUUGCUAGACGAAGGUCUGACGAACUUAACGGAAGUUCGGAAUAUUUCCAAAGAACUAGAACUUCGCGCACGCAAUGCACCACCAACAAGAGAAGAGGACAAUGAAGAAUUACAGUCAAAACUAGCAGCAGCAGAAAGGCAGGCUAAAUCUUCAUGUAGUCUAGCAGACAAGUCUAUGACUUUGUUCAAUGUUUUCACUAAGGAUAUUCCUAAUGCUUUCGUAACUCCGGAGCUUGUUGACAGACUUGCUGGUAUGCUAAACUAUAACUUGGUGUCUUUAGUAGGCCCAAAAUGCCGCGAAUUAAAGGUGAAGGAUCCCAGUAAGUACCAAUUUGAUCCUAGGUCAUUAUUGAAAACUCUCUCCGAAGUCUACAUUAAUUUAUCAGGAGAAGACGAAUUUAUUUCUGCUGUAGCAAGGGAUGGCAGAUCAUUUAACAAAGAACUAUUUGACCGUCUAGUUCACAUUUUAGGCCAUAAAACAGGAUUAGCAACUCAGGAACAAUGCGAAAAAUUGCUUGAGUUCGCCAGCAAAACCCACCAACGCAUGUUGGCUGCGGAAGAAGAGGAUUUGGAUAUGGGCGACGUACCCGAAGAGUUCCUAGAUCCUUUGAUGUAUACAAUUAUGAAAGAUCCAGUUAUACUACCUACUUCUAAGGUAACAAUCGACAGGAGUACAAUCAAAGCACAUUUGUUGAGUGAUUCCACAGAUCCGUUUAACAGAACGCCGUUGAAAUUAGAAGACGUUAUCCCAGACGACAGCUUAAGGCUAAGGAUCGAAGAGUUUAAGAGGACAAAAAUACAGAAUAAGUAA